AUGCUCUUUGCUGCCGCCUUUGCAGGACUGUCCAGAAGACAAUGCGUUAGUAGUAUCGGCGCUUGUGGCUUUAGGGGUCCUCUUUUCAAUCAGUGGCUCUACACUCCACCCGUCGUAGCCAAUCGACGACGACAAGUCUUUUCUUUGUGGUCCACUCCUCCAAGCCACUACUACGCAAGUCCCAACGUCAGUCAACUCCGAAAUGAUUUGAUGCAAUAUCGCCGCCAACAAGUGGGCGAAAGCAGGAAUCGAAAAUCUGUCUCUGCCGUGUUGAGCAAUGACAUGCUCGAUGAAAUUUCUCUUUUGCUACCCACCACGCGGGAAGAGUUAUCCGAAGUCAAAGGCAUUGGUCCCAAAAAGUUGGAGCUUUAUGGCGACGAUAUCCUCAGCAUUGUCCGACAAUACACCAGUACUCAUGGGAAACCGAGGGUAUCAUCAUCCACUGGAGAUACCAAAAUUCGCAAAACCCAAUUACGAGCCGACUUGAAGCAAUAUCGCCUGCUGCAAUCCAAGGCGCUCGACAAACCUCCCUACACAGUCUUUAACAAUUUGGCGCUCGAGGAAAUGUAUAAAAAUUUACCCACUACUCCAGAGGAGCUGUUGCAAGUCAAGGGCAUUGGACCCAAGAAAUUGGAACUCUACGGAGACGAUAUUCUGAGAAUCCUGGCUCCCUACACGACAGCUGGUAUCAACAACAACAAUAACAACCAACGAUCUUCCAAACCCGUUCCCAAACGAGCCAUCAUUCCAGUGGAAUCCUUGACGGACGAACAACAACGCGCCGCCGCAUUUCUGCUCUCACCCACGUACCCCAAUGGCUUCCUCACGGGAUCUGCCGGAACGGGCAAAUCGCACUUGCUCAAGUAUCUGGUACAGGAACUCAUCCAGAAACGCAAAGUCGGUGUGACGGCGUCGACCGGAGUGGCUGCCAUUCACGUCACGGGCAAAACGUUGCAUUCGUUCUUUGGUAUUGGAUUGGGCACGGGCAAUGUCGAUGCCAUUCUCAAAAAAGUGCUCAAGAAUGCCGAAGCCGUUCAACGAAUCGUCGAAACCGACACGCUCAUCAUUGACGAAUGUUCCAUGAUGUCGUCCGACUUGAUUGAAUUGCUGGAUUAUGUGGCACGACAAGUGCGGCACGGAAAUCCCAUGGGCCACUUGCCAUUUGGGGGAAUGCAAGUCAUUUGUUUUGGAGACUUUUUUCAGUUGCCUCCCGUGGUCAAGGGCGAUUACAGUGGCAACAAGCCAUUCUGCUUCGAUUCGCCCGUCUGGGAGGAGUUGGGACUGUCCCAAAACAUGAUCGAGUUGAAGCAAGUCCAGCGUCAGGAAAAUGCGGACUUUGCCGCCUUGCUCAACAAGGUGAGAAUUGGUGAUGUGGACGUACACGACAUUCAACAGUUGAACGAACGGUGUGUGAUUCGCGAAGACGUCCAUCCAUUGCCGACGGAUGGAAUUGUCCCCACGCGCAUGUACUCACUCAACAAAGAUGUCGAUGCCGAGAACCAAGCGCGGCUGGCAGAAUUGAAAGGGGAAGAAAUUGUUUGUCACGCACAAGACUCGUGGAGAGAACAAUUGCCCAUUGGAACGGCCGUGGCGGUCAAGAAGCAAAUGGCCGAGAGUUUGAAUCUGGAAUUGCCCAACGAGGUACGCCUCAAAGUGGGGGCGCAAGUCAUGCUGACACGCAACAAGAGCGUCGAGCGCAAGUUGGUGAAUGGUUCCCGUGGAGUGGUGGUGCGCUUCGAACAGCAAGGAGACGCGUCCGUUCCAAUCGUUCGAUUCGAUUGCGGUAUUGUCAUGCCCGUCUCUCCUGUGGAGGCCGUGCGACACAAUCCCGAUGGAGGGGGUGUCGGUUGUUUGGUGCGGCAACAGGUUCCGCUCAAGUUAGCUUGGGCACUCACGGUUCACAAGAGCCAGGGAACUACGCUGAGUCGAGCCAUGUUGGACAUUAGUGCGGCCUUUGAAUUCGGGCAGUGCUACGUAGCGUUGAGCCGAGUGCAAAGUCUCGAAGGACUUUGGCUCGUCAAGCCGGCAAGGCUCCACAACAUCAAAGUGAGCCCGCAAGUACUGGACUUUUACUACAAUAGAAAUGCUAAGAGAUCGUAG